AGUUGAUUCAGUUGCUAGUUGUUCGCCCUAAAGUUUUUAUUUCGUCAACUCCAUUCGGUCUUGAUCAUGAAGACUAUCUUAGCACUUUUUGCUUUGAUCGCCGUUGCAGCGGCAAACUGCCCACCACUGUGGACAUCAGGCGGAGCAUCAUGUUACAGAUAUUUUAGGGCGCCAGCCACUUUUGACCAAGCCCAAAAUUUGUGUAUGGACUACGGUAACUGCAAUGGUGAUAUGGCUCAAGUUGUUGAAAUCGAAUCAAGAAGGGAAGAGCAGUUUCUAAACAAAUACCUCAACAUGUUUGUGCCCGAGCCUCCAACACUUCCAGUCUGGCUUAACCUUAGGCUUCAACAAAAUUCCCAAGGACAGACCAUGUGGAUGUGGGGCAGUGGAACCGAACUUGGGGCCCCUGGUGCAUCUGUAACCUUGAUCACUGGAUACUCAAAUUUCGGGACCUCAAAUCUGCCCUCAAGUGGUCCAUGUGUUAGAACCCGACCAAGCGCAUUAGGAUUCCUUUGGACUCAGUCUAGCUGCACAGCAGCUUUUGGUUAUGUAUGUGAAAUGCCAAGUGGCGCAAGAAGACCACUAGUAGCACCAGGAGGACCAACAGCAGUAAAAGUACCACAACAAACCUUUGGACGACUCACAGCAGCCGACACUGCUGUCACGGGCAGGAGGAACAGCGGCGGCUCUAGAAAAUCAAAAUUGUAAAUUAAUUUAGCAAUUAAAGAAAAACAGUUAAGUCGGUAGUAUGGACACAACAGCAAAAAUUACACUUUAAAAAAUAGAAGUGAAAAGAAAAUUCCACAUUGAUGCACUUCUCCAGAAAAGGAUAAUCAAAAGGGAGAGGAAGAAAAGAGACGAAAUGCUCAUUCGUUCCCCUUACUACGAUGGGCCACGUGAACAAGGUGUCUUGCCAACGAGCUAACGCGGGGACGGGGCUCGAUUAUCAACGGUGCUAAUUUUUUUAAAUCGUUAUAUCGAUGUCGUUACAAAUGUUUUCUAAAUCACAUAUAGAAUUUUUGAUUAAAAUGAAAAUUCAUAUCUAAG